UUUUUUAGUCGAUAUUUAAAAAUGAAGUAUCUAUUAAUCAUUCUGGCCUCGAUGGUAUCAACUGGAUUUUGUGCUAUACGUGAAGAAGAUCUGGGCCCUGUCCUUAAGUCCAAAAUUCCUGAUUGGCGGAGCAAAUGUCAACUUUAUACCGGAAUUUCAGAUGAAAAAAUCGAUCAUAUGAUUGCAGGAAACUUUCCAGAUUGUGAUGAGGCAAAGAGGUACAACUAUUGUAUCUGGAGUAUCGAAAAUUUCACAAUUAACAAAAAGAGCAAAAUGUGCCCUAAGAAAAUAGAAUACGUUUUACCGCCAAAAUACAAGGCUGAUUCACAAUAUUUUCUUAAAUGUAAUAAGCAGCAUGUCGUAGAAGAUAAUUCAACGACAAGUAUAGUUGACAAGUUCUAUAAUAUGCAGAUGUGUGUCAAGAAAUGCGUUCCUGAUUCGCACUACAUUUAUUUUUAAAAAUGCAUUUCAAAGGAUGGAUGACCCAAGAAAAGGACCUUAUUCAUAUUUUAAAAAAUAAAAUGCCU